AUGACAUCCUCUGACGGAGAAGAGCUGAUCAACAAGGCCGAGGGGAGCAAUAAAUACCAGAAGGGUUGGCACGCCCUUCCUAAUCCCCGCGCCCCCCAGAAGCGCUGGGCAACUUCUUCACCUGUCCUAGACGUGCGCUCGCCACCGCAAACCGGCGCCUGCUGUGACGACCUCAUUCACCCUCGUAGCAACUGGCCGCCGCCUGAGCGGUUCUCUGCGCCUCGCUGCCUGUUCCUGCCACGCGUUUGCCGCGAGCGCCGGGCCAUGGAGCCGCUCCAGCUGAACCUGCAGGGCUACCUGAACGGAGACUUGCAUCCCAGCUGCCUCUUAGAUGUGCAGAGCGGCGGCGAGGUGCGAAGGCCGUCUCUGAAGUACCAGCGCCCGGGGCUGGACGAAAACGGGCACCGCGCUCGAGAAGCAGAAGAAACAGAGCGAUUCCCGGCUCUGGAGGCCGCCUACGCCACCAUCCUACAGGGAUUGGGCGAAAACCCGGGGAGGCAAGGGCUGUUGCUGACGCCCCGGAGGGCGGCUAAAGCCAUGCAGUUUCUCACCAAGGGCUAUCAUGAGACCGUGGAAGAGAUACUCAAUAAUGCUGUUUUUGAUGAGGACCAUGAUGAGAUGGUGAUCGUAAAGGGCAUCGAUAUGUUUUCUCUUUGUGAACAUCACUUGGUACCUUUCUUUGGCAAGGUACACAUUGGAUAUUUACCAAGGAAAAAAAUAGUUGGAUUAAGCAAACUUGCAAGAAUUGUUGAAAUGUUUAGCCGGAGGCUCCAAGUCCAGGAGCGACUUACAAAACAGAUUGCCCUAGCAAUUACUGAGGUUCUGAAACCUGUUGGAGUGGCUGUGGUGAUAGAAGCUUCACACAUGUGCAUGAUCAUGAGGGGAGUUCAGAAAAUGAACAGCACAACAGUCACUAGCACAAUGCUCGGCGCCUUCCAAGAAGAUUCAAAAACCAGGGAGGAAUUUCUUGCCUUGAUCAAGAAUUAAACAGCAGCAGCUUGCAGUUAUAUCAAUGAUUUGGAGCAUACAGAAUUACUAUAAUUGCCUUAUGUGAGCCAUUGUUUCAGAAGGUGUGUAAUUAAAAAAAGAGAAAGCAGAGUUAAUAAUUGUAUCACAGCUUUGUUCCCACUUUUGGGUAACACCCUUAAUAGCCUUCUACAUAGGCUCCCUUGGGAAUGGCAGUCCUAACACUUCUGAGGAGUGUAAGUUUGAGGAAGGCCACCCAAGAAUUUUGUUGGAGUACCCAGGCAGUGCAAAUACCAAGAAAUCAGUAUUAUUCAUAUGACAGCAUAUGUGAUGCGGUUGCACAGAUCUUGGAUCUUUAGAUAUAUGCAAAUGAGAAUAAAGCAAGAGAUCUACCCUCCUUCACCAAUGAGAAUGGUAUAGAUCUGCUUUCCCAACCUGGUGCCCAUCAGAGAUAUAGACCUCAAAAAUUGUCUCAGAAUUGUGGGAAUUAGUCCAAACAUCUGGAGGAUACAAGGUUGGGGAAGGCUGGUUUAGGUACCCUCAUGUAGUCUUAUGCUGGGGUGGGGGGCAGGGAACACUUACGUUAUAUAUCUUAGAGGCAUUAAACUCUGUGGGACACAGGGGUCUUCUAAGACAUAUAGGACUGUGUUGUAUAUUGAUUUUUGGUCUGAAAAGUUUUUAACCAAAGAUACUUUUUUCAUAAUGGUGAAACAACAGGAACAAAAAUAGUAAGGAUUUUUGCUACAGAAUUUUGACCUUUGGAUUUUUAUGCUAUAAAGUACUGUAAACAUUACUGUAUCAUCCUCAGAAAAACUAUCAUGUAACUUGAAAUGUGCCUUAUAGACUCCAAUAACUUGAAUAAGAAGAAAAUGCUGGCAUUUCUUAAAUGCAAAACUGUAAUUUCUGUAGAAGGGGGUGCCCCUCAAUAUAUAAUUAUAUUUUUACAAUUUACUCACUAGAGGGACAAAGUGCUAUUAUGUACGUUAUGUGAUGUUUCUUAAGUGGCUGCCUGCACAGCCACAUACUGGGAACUGCAUAUGUUAGCAGCAGAAACAUUUGUCAGUAUUCAUAAACGUGAGGCCCCCUCUUCUUCCUGUUAGCUAACAAGUUCUUUAAAACAUUUUUAUUAAUAUGGUUGCUUAAAAGUGAUGCUAAAAUCCACGUAACUACUUUAUUUUAGGUCAUCAUAUUCUCUAUGUAUAAAAUGUAAUACAAAACUUGUUUUACAUUUCUGCUUUAGUUGGCAUCUUCAAGAAUAUAGUUGCCAUUGUACUCAAAUAAUUAAAAAUUAUCUUGUCACAUAUUGCUGC